AUGGGCGCAGUAGACGACAAAACAAUCAAAGUGCCACUUUCGGACUCGCUGCAAAACGUUAAACAUGAUGCUUUCCAAAUGAAAAAGCAACUCGACGAACUGAACAUCGAUGAAGCUCUCAAUCACGCAGCCACCAUGCUUCAACACCUCCAGAAGGCAUAUUACACGCCGAAAGAGUACAACGAGCUAUUUUUGACGGUGACAAAUGAGUUGAGAAUGGUCGACGUCAUGCUAAAAGACGCGUUCGAAAAAGACGCGGGCAUGGCAGGAGGAGAAAUGUAUGAAAAAGUACAGUACAAUCCGAGCAUCCUGCCGCGACUGUAUCUGAUGGUGACAGUAGGAACCGCGAUGGUAAAGACACAACCGGAAUUGACAAAAGCUGUUUUGGAUGAUUUGGUGGAAAUGAGUCGUGGAGUGCAGCACCCGCUCAGAGGUAUUUUCCUCCGAAACUAUCUUCUUCAAUCAAUGCGGCAAAUCCUCCCUGAUACCGCGCCGAACCAAGAAGAUCCUCGAGAAGCCUGCGUUACAGACAGCGUCGAGCUGCUGCUCAAGAACUUCGCUGAAAUGAAUAAACUCUGGGUGAGAAUGCAACACCAAGGUCUUCAACGAGAUGCGCCAGCUAGGACUGCGGAAAGAAAAGAAAUAAGGAAUCUUGUUGGAACAAAUCUUGUGCGAAUUUCUCAACUGGAUAAUUUAACCGUCGAAACUUACUGUGACAAGGUGUUGCCGGAAAUACUGACACAAAUUGUCAACUGCCGAGAUCCACUUGCGCAAACGUACUUGAUGGAAUCGAUUAUUCAGGUCUUCCCGGACGAAUAUCACUUAGACACAAUGAAACCAUUUUUAAAAGCAGUCGGCGAUCUUCACACACAAGUGAAUGUGAAGAACAUCGUCAAUGCUCUUGUUGAUCGUCUGAGCAACUUUGCUACGAAUAAUGAGGGGACCUUGUCGGGAAAGGAUGGCGACGUCUUUUCCGUGUUUUCGGGAGCUCUAGGAGAAAUUAUCGGAGGCAGAAACGGACUUGCGCUUGAGAAUGUUCUUGGUAUGCAGAUUCCACUGAUUCAACUCGCUCUUACUUGCUAUAAAAGCGAGCCCGAUUUCAUCAAUAAAAUUCUCCACACGACAGCGGAAAUGGUCGCUACUUACCUCGAGAAGAACAACCUGACUUCUAUUCCAUCAUCUUCCCCCGCCUCUCGCGAGACUGUAGCCCUCAUGAAGCUCCCGAUCACGGUUUAUGCGGCGGAUGGCGCUCCACUUAGAAUUCUCGAGUUGUCGAACUUCGGCGAUGCUUUUGGAAUCAUGGCAAAUGAGACAAAAAAGAUUGUAGCGACGUUUAUUUUGGAAAAGAUUAUGGAAGCAGAAGCAUCGAUUGAUUUAGAUCAUUUUGAUGCGGCUCUUACCGUCGUUAAAUGCUUGUAUAAUUCUGAUACAGAUCAGCCUGAUAGUGAAGAUCUCGAUCUUGCGGCUCGAUUCGCUCUUUUGCUCGACAAUUCAUCGCCAAAAGACAACUUCGAAAUGACCAUCAGGUUAUCCGAAGAAUUCUCAAAUGCAGAUACUGGCGUGAAAUCAUUCCUUCUUCCUACUAUCUUCGCGCGAUUCUGUCAAAUUGGACGAGAUUGUUCAUCGGAGAAUCCGGAUAUCAGUAAAGAGGCGUUCUCAAAAGCUCAUGAAUUGGUUCAAACUCUCGCCGAUUCUGAACUGCCACUUAUUUCCAUCAGACUUUAUCUACAGGGCGCUGCUUCAAUUCAACACUGCAAUUUUGAUGGAUCAGUUGACCUCUGCUACGAAUUCUUCACACAGGCAUUUGUGAUUUACGAAGAAGAAAUAUGUGACAGCAAAGAGCAAGUUGCGGCAUUGCAGCAACUAACCAGUACUCUACUAAAAGUUGAAUGCUUCAAAGAAGAAGAACAUGCGUCACUCCGCUCUCAAUGUGUUCUUGCUGCUUCGCGUCUCCUGAGAAAAGCAGAUCAAGCACGAGCAAUCCUCUGGACAUCCCACGUCUUUUGGUCGAGCAAGGUGCUUUCUCCAGAUGCAAAAGAAUCAUCAGAAUUGCGAAAUGAAAAGAAAGUCGUUGAUCAACUGAAAAAGGCUUCAAAAACAGCUGAAAAGUGUCUCGAAGCCUUGCUCAGGCAACAGCUCUACAUUGAAAUUCUUGAAAAAGCUCAUUUUUACAUUUCCGAUGGUCUCGAAAAUGCUGACCUGCAAACACUAGCGGAUUCUAUGAGUCAGAAAAUCAAAGAGAAACAAGCUGAAACGCAAGCAAAUGCUGACGCCGAAAAGCUCGCUGCUCACUUUGAAGAGCUAGAAAUUAAAAUGAAAGGACCAAGCCCACAGGUUGAAUCUCAAGGUGAAGAGAGCGCAGUUUCAGAUGAAGUUAAUCAACCGGAAGAAGAAGCCCCUGAAGAAAGUGUAGAAAACAACGAAGAAUAG